AUGAGUUUUGCUGCUUCCGCCGCCAGCCCAUCGGGGUUUUCGCGCGCCGAGACUGCCAGCAGCGCGCAGGUCGAUGGCGCUGCCGCCAGCAGCAGCAGCAGCAGCAGCAGGGGCUCUUCUUACUGCGUCCAAGCGGACUUUUCGAAGACCUUCUCCUUUUUGUGCAGCAAAGCCGCUUGUCUGGCGGCAAAAGGCCGCAAGAUCCAGCCGCAGCAGCCCGCGGGCAGCAGCAGCAGCAGCAGCGCCGCCCGCCGCGCUGCUGCUGCUGAACACCGCCGCACAAACGCACCACCCACCAACAUAUACCCCAAACCUCCUUUCUUUUGGGCUUUUCUUUUGUUUUUCCACCUUCUGCCUUUCGCGGGGGCCCUAGACUUUGCUGCGGCCCGCGGGGGAGCCGCUGGGGGCCUCCAGCCAGCCCUCCAGGGCUCCGCGUACACCCCAGCAGCAGCAAUCUGGGCCUCCCAGCGCCUCCAAAAUGAAGCCGACAGCCCCGGGAGCCCCCGGGGGCCCUCCAGUACCCACUUUCUGCAGCGGGGCCCUCUGGAGGCCCCCAGCUUCGCCGCUUUCUUAACAACUCCUUCUGAAGGGACCAGCUCCACCAGAAAAGCCUUCAAAGUGCUGCUGGCUUCCAAGCCGCAGCAGCAGCAGCCGCAAACCUCAGGGGCCCCGAGGACUUCGCCAGCUCCUGUGGCUGCGAACUUUGCGAAGUUGGUAGCAGCAAAUAAGAAAGAAGGAUUAAGUCCUGGAGUUCGAGCGAAGUUGUCUCAUUUGGCAGAGUUGUACAGGCCGGAGGCUCCUGCUGCUGCUGCUGCUGCUGCUCCCGCCGCAGCAGCUCCUGCUGCUGCUGCUGCUCCCGCUGCCCCUGCUGCUGCUUCUUGGUCCAGAUUCAGCAAAGCGGGCCUCGCGGGGGCCCCCGCCGAGGGGCCCCUGCUGCGGGAAGUGAAGCGGCUGGGGCUUCGUGCUGCUGCUGCUGAAGAGAGCCGCAGCAGAUUGGCAGAGUUGGAAGCUCGGAGAGAAAAAGAAAGAGAAGAAGAAAGAAAGAAGCAGCAGCAAGAAAGAAAGAAGCAGCGGGAGGAAAGGAGGAAGCAAAAGGAGCUGGAGGAGAAGAAGCAGCAGGAGCUGGAAGCAAAAAGAAAGGAGGAAGAGCGCCAGCGGCAGCAGCAGCAGCAGCAGCAGCGCGAGGAGGAGGCCAAGAAAAACCUUGCUGCUGCACUCCUCAGGAAGCAAACUGGAACUCCUAAAAAGAAAGUUGUUUUAAAGCCUCAUGAAUUACCUCCAACAACUUCUUUGAGGUUCGCAGAAAACAAAACUGAGCAGCAGCUGCAGCAGGAGGCCCUGCAGCUCUUCCAGCAGGUCGACGAAGACGCCAAGGCAAGUGCUGUCUUCACUCAGCCGCCUCUGCCAGAAAUGGCUCCCAGCGAUUACAUUUCCGAAGACGAAAAGGCUGCGGAGGCGGCGAUGUCUGUGGACCCGCGCAUAAGUGCAGAGCACAAAGACUUGGCGAUGAAAAUGUUUUUGCGAAGUGCACAAAAGUAUUCAGAAGGAAAAGAUCUUUUUGCAAAAAAUCCUUUGAAGAUCAUUUCCGGAAUCUACGAUCAACCACUCACAGGCAAGCCGCCUGCUACUGCUGCUGCUGCUGCUGCUGCUGCUGCUGCUGCCACACAAUGGAGACCAACUGGAGCUCCUGCUCCACCAGCUGCGGCCACGGCAAACGCAUGA